AUUCCCCGCACGCAAUGCACGUACGCGAGGCAUGAGGUAGAGUGGACGCCUGGAGGGAGUGGUGGACACCCGAAGCAAAGAGAACGGAACGCAAGCGGGGGAGAACAAAACAAGAGUUGGGUUGAAGUCGAUCCCAUUCCAUUCCACCAAACUGCCACCGCGUCGCAGCGCUUACCACUGCUCCGUCCCCCCCGCGCUCCCCGCCGGCGAGUGCUCGCCCCCUCCUCGCCGCAGGACUCUGUAUCAAUGUUGCCAUACUCGGAGGCAGCGGUUUUGAUCAAAAGAAGGCAAUGAUCAACUUGUUUGACCUCAGCGCAGGGAUGGCUAGCACGGACAUGCUCACCGAUCGAGCUCUUAGAGAUGGCUCUCUGGCUCGUAGAAGCAGGCAAGAUGUCAAGAGAACUGUGGAUCCUGCUAAAGUUUAUGUAGAGGAUAAAGUAGGAGCUAGUAACAGGAGUUCGUCAAGCAAUAAAUCAGAUGUAUCUCCAAUGAAUAUGGUAUUAGCAAAGGAAUUGGAGUCAAAGAAGAAGUCACCAAGUGUUGUUGCCAGAUUAAUGGGACUUGAAGAUGAUCUACCUUGUCAAGUUCCAGCAUUACAUUCUGCUAAUAGAAAUUUGAAGAAAAGCCACUUAAAUGACAACCUCGCAGAAACAAAUUGGCCCAUGCUACAUCGAGAUCAGUACUACUCCAGCAUGUCAACACGGGACAUACACAUAGGACGCAAAGAAGCAGUUGAAUUUAAGGAUGCCUACGAAGUCAGUGAAGAGCCAUUAAGAACUUACCAUCUUCAGGAUCAAACUUUUCCUAGGAGUAUGUCUUCAAGGAGCAAGAGGGGCAUAAGGAUGGAAAUUGUUCGCCAGAAAUUCAUGGAAGCAAAGCGCCUUGCCACAGAUGAGAAGCUCCUCCAUUCAAAGGAGUUUCAAGAAGCUCUUGAGGUUUUAAGUUCAAAUAAAGAUUUGUUUCUUAAGUUUCUUGAGGAACCAAACUCUACUUUCUCAAAGCAGCUGGCCGGACUUCACACAGAGUCAGCAUCACCUCAGACGAAGCGUAUUACUGUGUUGAAACCAAAUAAAUCUGUUGAGAAUGAGGGAAGAAGGGAAAUCAGAACACAGCAAACAAAUGAAGAAAAUGAACAUGUGAUGCCAAGGACUCACCGGAGAUCUCAUUCAGCAGAAGUUACCUUUUCCCAGCCAACUAGGAUUGUGGUCCUGAAGCCUAGCCCUGCCAAACCUAGUAGAACAAUGGCCAGGCUAACACCCCGAGCAGCUCCAUCUCAGCUAAUUGAACAGAUAGGUUUUUAUGGAGGUUUAAAAGAUGACGAAUACCUGCCAGAUGGUCUACAUCAGCGGGAUGAGUCACUGUUAUCUUCUGUAUACUCAAAUGGGUAUGGUGGAGAUGAAAGUUCUUUCAGUAGAUCAGAAGUUGACUACAUCGAUGAAGAAGGUGGUAACCUAAGUGACUCGGAGAUAGCUAGUCCAGUAUUGCGGCAUUCAUGGGAUCACAUCAAAAGAUAUAGCAGUCCUUACUCAGGCUCAACUUUUAGCAGAACAUCACAUUCACCUGAGUCAUCCGUGAUCAGGGAAGCCAAAAAACGGCUUUCAGAGAGAUGGGCAUCAGUAGCAUAUAAUGAGAUAAACCAAGAACGAAUGCAAUUGCCGAGAAGCUCAAGCACUUUGGGUGAGAUGCUCUCCCUUCGAGAAGCCAAGAAAGAAGUUGGUGGCACAGAUUCUGUUUCAAGUAGUCGGCCAUGUAACAAAGAAAAUGAGUUGGCCCUGCAAGCUAUGUGUAUAUCAACUUUUAGAGAGGGUGAAGAAAAUGGUCAGAGCUUCCCAAAGAAUUUAGCAAGAUCAAAAUCUGUCCCAGUGUCAUCGGCAAUGUUCGAUAACAUAGCACCAAAUGCCCUGUCAUCCAAUUCUGAAAGCUGCAAAACACCACCAAAGGUGGUUACAAGGUCAGAUAAAGGAAAAUCAUCAUUCAAAGGGAGAGUUUCGAGUUUUUUCUUCCCUAAAAGUAAAAGGCAGUCAAAAGAGAAAAUCACCCUAUCAUCUGCCAGCUCUGAUGAGAAGGUUGAAGUCACUUGCCUUGGCAGCAUGAAACUAGAGGCUGAUCAUAAUAUUGGUGCUGAUGAAAAUAUGUCAUUUUGUGAGGACAAAGAUGAUAAUUGUACUACUCAAACAAUCUGUUCUUCCCAAGAUGUUGUUUCCAUUGACGUACCUAUUUCUUCUGAUUGUCCAAGUGGAGAUUUUGAUGGAUUAAGAUCAGAUGGAGGCCUUAAAGGUAUCCGAGAUGAGCCUAGUCCUACUUCAGUUCUUGAUGCAUCAUUUGAAGAUGGCAACAUUAAUGAACCUGAGUCAUCAAGAAGCAAUACUUGCAGCAAUGACAGGGUUGCCUUACGAUCUACUGCAAUUGAAUCUGUCGCCUGCUCAUUAUCAUGGGAGGAUAUGAACUCACCUUCACCUUUACUUGGUUCUACAAAGUUAACCCCUCUCUCUAAUGUAGAUGAUGAAUUAGAAUGUGUUGCCUUUGUACAAAAGAUAGUAUCAUCUGCUGGGUUAGACGAUCCGCAGUUGUGCAUGGUCUUCACAGGUUGGUACUUGCCUGAUUGUCCUCUGGAUCCUGCAUUGUGCGACAAGUUAUUGGACCGCAAGGAGGAGGCUGCUAAGUCAAGGGAGCGAAGGUCGAACCAAAAGCUUCUUUUUGAUUGUGUAAAUAUGUCCUUAAUUGAGAUUGGCCAGGAUGCCUUACUAUGCACCUAUCCGUGGGGACAAGUGCGCUCUAUGGCAAGGAAGGAGACCCUGUCUCAAGCUUUGGGGCAAGAAGUACCAUGCCAUAUGAGGGAUUGGCUUUAUGGAUUAGGGAAGUUUGUGGUGAACGAGAACAACGAUGCUGGAACGAUGCUGGAAAGAAUUGUGCAGCAGGAGGUGGAAGGAAGAGGAUGGGUGAAGUCAAUGAGAUGGGAAGUGGAUGGGAUCGCAAAGCAGAUUGAAUGGGAGGUGUUCGAGGAACUAGUAAAAGAAGCUGUGGAUGAUUCACAAUUUGUUCUCCGCAGCAAGAGAUGCCAAUGACAAUACCAAAUCUUUAGGAAGCAAUUGCUGUGGGUAUGAGAACUGCUCUUAAAAUUGUUGUGCUGAAAGAACUCUUGAGCAUCUUCAUAUCUUGUAUUUAAGUCCACAUAGUUGCUUCUGCAUAUGCCUUGCAGUACAGAUUGUCGAAUA